GUAUUCCUCCCUUUCAAACCAAAGUUGGCAACUAAAAGGAAACAAGAAAGUAAAGUCCCAAGUCAAAACGGCACCGUACGCAUGAACGAAACGAACCUUCUUCAGUUCUUCAAAAUCAAAACCCCCAUGUUCAUCAACUUUUAAAUUCCCACUAUCAAUCCAAGAGAAAAAGAACGAAAAUAUUUUUUUUCUCGAGAAAAUCCGGACAAUUUUCUCGAGAAAAUCGAAUAAUAUGAAAUUCCCAGAACUCUGGAUCCUGUUAUUGGUCCUUUUGAUUACGAUCCAAUCCAAGGCGGCGUUGGAGGAUAAAGCUCGACCUUCAUCGAAAGAAGCUUACGUGACGCUUCUUUACGGAGAUGAGUUCCUUUUGGGGGUUAGGGUUUUGGGGAAAUCGAUAAGGGACACUGGAUCAACUAAAGACAUGGUCGUUUUGGUCUCCGAUGGGGUCUCUGAUUUUGCCAAGAAGCUUCUCAAGGCUGACGGAUGGAUAGUGGAGAAGAUAAGUUUAUUGGCGAAUCCGAAUCAAGUUCGGCCGAAGAGGUUUUGGGGUGUUUACACCAAAUUGAAAAUUUUUAAUAUGACUAACUAUAAGAAAGUUGUAUAUCUUGAUGCGGAUACUAUAGUAGUCAAAAGCAUUGAAGAUCUCUUUAAAUGUGAGAAAUUCUGUGCAAAUUUGAAGCAUUCUGAGAGGCUGAAUUCAGGAGUCAUGGUAGUGGAACCAUCUGAAGCUGUUUUCAAUGACAUGAUGGGCAAAGUGAAUACCUUGCCUUCUUAUACUGGAGGAGAUCAGGGGUUUCUGAAUUCUUAUUACUAUGAUUUCCCAAAUGCCCGUGUUUUUGACCCUAAUAUACCCCCUGAGGUGUUGAAAUCUCGAACAGUUCCUGAGAUGGAGCGACUCUCUACUCUUUACAAUGCAGAUGUUGGUCUCUACAUGCUUGCCAACAAGUGGAUGGUAGAUGAGAGUGAACUUCGUGUUAUUCACUAUACACUUGGUCCCCUUAAACCUUGGGAUUGGUGGACAUCUUGGCUCUUAAAACCAGUUGAUGUCUGGCAGAAUGUUAGGGAACAGCUUGAAGAAUCCCUUCCUGGAACUGGAGGAGGCAAAAAUCCUAAUGAUGAGCUUCUAGUCAAAGUCCUCUUCCUGUUACCUUUGUGUGCUCUACUUUUUUGUUACUAUCGUUCUUUCCUUCAGACGGGGGGUUCACUUUCCAGAACUUCAUUAUGCAAUCAGAUCCGACAUCUUUGCUACGUAAUUAGGUCAAGUGGAACAGUUGCUUACACUGGUGUUUCUUCAUCUUCAACCAUUAAUGCGAACAGUCAAUUUCCUAACAGUGCACAGACCAAGGUGCCUGCCUACCUGGGUGGAAUUUCAGUUUUUGUAUGUUUUAUGGCUGCUGUGGUGUCCCUUGGAAUUGCUAUUGCAAUUGUGCCUCGACAAGUGAUGCCAUGGACUGGCUUGCUCUUGAUGUAUGAGUGGACGUUUACAAUCUUCUUUCUAUUGUUCGGAGCUUUUCUUCAUUUGAUAUACCAGUUGGGAAAUAGAACAGCAACUCAAUUGGGAUCUUUUUCCUCUCAUAUGGAUUCUUUUGAUUCUGAUUCUAGAAAAGGUCAUCAAUGGCCAGCAUCCUCUUGUGAUAUUGUUACUUGGUAUUAUGGGUUGGGGAUGGCUUUUUUGGCGAUCGCUACCCCAUCCUUGCCUUGUAUUUUUGGAAUCACCGCUCUGUUCUUGAGGAUGGGUCUGAUGGUGGUUGGAGGGCUCAUAUUAGCAUCUUUCAUGACAUAUGCUUCGGAGCAUCUUGCAAUUAGGUCGUUCAUCAAAGGUCUUGAACACCGGGACACCCCACGAUCAAGGAGUUUAUGUUUCCUAUGUUGAUAGAAGGCUUCAAGAUGCCAUGGUACUUACCUGCACCUCAUUUUUCCCUUUAAUUUGUAUUUUAUUUAACAUACCAUCACAACAAUUGAUUUGUAAAAUAUUGCAGAAAAUUUUGUCAAAAUAGAAAUGCAAUUUUUUCUCCAUCAGGUGUUUGUUUGUUACUUUGUUGUAAUUGAAAUUACAUCAAGCAAAAGCUUUCUAGAAGAGGUAGCCAUUUCCUUCCUUGUAUGCACUUUUCAAAAAUAGGCAGUUAAGUCUGACAACAUUUUCAUGGACUAUGUUUUUUGCACUCGUGUACGUGUCAGAUUCGGAUAUGUUUCCGACAUGGAUAUGUUUAUUUUUUUGAAUUUUUUUUUCAUAUAUUUGGACGGUUGGAUAUUCAUAUUCAUACUUGUUAUAUAUGUAUGAGACAAAAUUGUAUGAUAUCAUUUUCAUGGAUUAUGUUUUUGGCACUCGGUGUAAGUAUCAGAUCUGGAUAUGUAUCUGACAC